UGUGUAGGCACAUAUAUGUGCGUGUGUGCAUGCAAGUGCCGACACUUAACUCAGCAGCACCAUGAAGCACCCUGUUUGUAGUAGCCUCGCGUGUGCCUUGCUCACACUGGCUGUCACCUCUGCCAACGCCAACUCCGUGUAUGACAGCAUCAUCACAGGCGCCACACUGCACUACAUCAACAGCCUGGGAGAGGAGGGGACCUUCAAGGCCCAGCUGGCCGAGCUGCAGGUCGACACGCUCUCUCUGGAGUCCGAGGACAAGAGGACAGUAAAAAAGCUGACUUUUCCAAUCCGGGAAACGGUGUGUAGACAACUAGACAACCAGCAGGAUGCACCGUGUUCCCUCAAGGAGAACGGGAAAUUCACUGUAUGCAGCCUGGAGAUCUCAGACCCAGCUCCGGAAGUGAUAUCUGACCUCACUUGUGAACCCAUGACCAUCCCGGACCAGCAACAGGUGAAGUCAAGAGUAAAAAGAAGCAAGUCUAAAUGGGGAUCCCGUGGAGGUAGCAGGGGGUCCAGGGGGGGUGGAAGGGGCUCCAGGGGGGGUAGAGGGGGUAGAGGGGGCAGAGGGGGCUCCCGGCCUGGAGGUGGCUCCUCCAUCGCCUCCGCAGGGAGCAGAGGAAACGGUGGAACCCGGAUUGCGUGAUCCAGCAAAACGUGCAAGUGGACCAAUGGGAGAAGGAAAGAUGGACCUCGGCACCUCAGAUUUCAAAUUGCCCAAAGAUAUUGAGCAAAAAAAAUUCAGAAAUUGCGCAAAUCAGUGUUUUUAUCUUCUGUCACUGUGCUAAAGUUUGCAUAAUGAGUUGUAUCAUUGUUCGGAAUAUUUUUACUAAUACAAGUAUUGUUUGUUUUAAAUUUAGUCUAGAUUUUUCCUGCCACAUAGUUGUUCUGUACC